AUGGACAUCCCGAAUGCUCCGAUAAAUCCUCGAGACUCCCACGAACCGUCUCCAUCGGUGGAUGACACUUCGGCACUUCUCGACAAUAUCUUCCCAUCUACAGAAGAACGCGUUGCUGCAUCAUCACGAAAAACUCGGCAGUCCUCAAUAAGUAACAUCUUUGGAAGCCCGGUUCGCAGAAAAAUAGAUGUUGAUGAAUGGGUACAGGAAGGACGUGGAAAAUACACCAGAGAGGCUGUCGUGAUGUUUGAGAAGGUUCAAGAGGAAGAACAGAGGCUUAAACUGCAAAGGUUGUCAGAGAGUGGUGGCAUUGAAUGGGUGAAUCUGGGUGGACAGUUCAAGAUUAAAACGUGGUUCAGCGGCAACUAUCCCGCGGAAUAUUCCGGUCUGAAAACUAUAUAUGUUUGUGAUGGUUGUUUCUCAUACUUCAGCCAUGAACCAUCUCAGAUACGACACAUGGUAAGUACUGAUUUUCUCAACCAAAACAAGUCAUUGCAGUACCAACUGUUUGAAUUUUCCUUGAUCCGUUCCAUUUCCGGAAAUCGUUUUUCCUUUUGUUAG